AUGCCACUUCUGGUAUUAAACGAAGACGUUAUUAUUCAAAUUAUAAAACAUCUUCAAGAUGACAAACUUAAUUUAUACAAUUGCCUUUUUAUUUGCAGACAAUGGUGUAGACUUACAAUUCCUUUACUAUGGAAACGACCUUUUAGCGAGAUAAGUUUUAAUAAAAGGAACAGAUUACUUCGAACGUAUAUCACUUGUCUUAAUGAGGAGGAAGCAAAAACCUUGAUAGCUCACGAUUUGAAGAUUGACACAACGGUGAAACCUUUAUUUCAAUACGCGGAAUUCUUGCAAGAAUUUAAUGAUUAUCAAAUAUUUCAGACGAUAAAGAGUUGGAAAAAGGAACCGGAACUUGUACACUUAAUUUUUAAACAAAUGUGUUUAAUGUUUAUGCGUCAUAGUAAAAAUCUACGUACAUUUAACAUUAAUUAUAACUCGGAUCUUCCAGAUUCGAGGAUUUUUACAAAAGUACAACCUGGUAUAACCAAUUUGAAAAGUUUACAAUUUAAGUUGGGACAUUUUCACCCCGCGAGGUAUCCAAAUUUUAUCGAUUUAUUGAAGAGGUUACCAACGUUAUGCUUUAAGAUUGAAGAAUUAUAUUUUAGUUUUGGAAAAGAUAUCGAUACAUCACUUUUAGUGAAUAUUAUCAAAACGCAAAGGAAUUUAAAAGUUUUCACAAUAAAUAAAGGGGGAAAUUAUUUUGGAAGAAUCAUUCCAUAUUUAGAAUUAUAUCAAGCUAAUUUUUUGAACACGAUAACCUUUUCAUUGAUUGAUUUCACGGGAUUUUCAUUGGAGGGAUUGAUGAGAUGUCAUAAUUUAAAAUCAUUAACGAUGAACUUUUGUAAUGAACUUACGAUAAAUCAUUGUCAAGAAUUUUCCAAUUCAACAUUUCAAAUUGAAGGGUUAAAAUUAUUAGAUAACAAGUGGGAACCGAACAUAACGAUAACGUUAAUACAGAUCAUUGGAGAGAAUAGUGGAGAAUCAUUAAAGGAUUUAAUAAUUGAUGAUUUUACGAUCAGUACCAUACAAGUUUUAACGGAUAAUUUUCAUAACAUUAAUUACCUUUCUAUGAACAUAAAUUUACCUGUAAUACAUUCACAUUUAUUUUAUUGGGCGAGUAAAAAACAUGAAUUAAAACGAUUGGAGGUUAGAACAUCAAAAUCAAAAUUCACGAGUCUCAACGAUCAAUUAUUGGAAAUGUUUGGAGAAUAUUUACCCCCUUCAUUAACCCAUCUAACGUUAAAUUUUAAGUUCACCUUGAAGGGUUUAGAAAUUUUUUUUAAAUCUUGUAAAGCACCUUUAAAAACGUUAUGGAUUGAAGAAACUCAUAUGAAUGAUAUAGAAUAUCCAAGACUCAUACAACAAUAUUCUACGAGAUAUCAAAAUUUAAAGAUUUAUCCUAUAGAUAGAAGAUGA